AUGGAGGCACGGUGGAUCCCGGUCCUUGUCGGCUGGAGGGCUCCGUUUUUAGAUGCUUUUCUGAGUUUUAUAAGGGUUUGUGCCAUGCUCAAGAAAAUGAGGCGGCGGCGGCUUCUUGAAGAUGGAAUAAGGUCCUCCUCACCUAGCCCCCGUCCCGGUAACGUUUCAAGCAUCGUCGGAAGGCGUGUGAAGCUCGCAUCCUUCCGGUCUAUGCUUCUCUUCAUCGGCGGCGGUUGCUGUUCUGGUGCACGACGACUUUCCGACUGUCUACUACAACAAUGUUCGCCCGACUCCGACGAGGGAGGGGCAAUGACGGCGAUGGUGCUUAAGGUGCCGAUGGUCUGCAAGAAGUGCAAAUCUUGCGUCCUUACGAUUGUGUCCAAGGUCAAAGGCGUCAAGUCGAUGGCAUACGACGAGGAGAAGAGCACGCUGACGGUGGUGGGGGAAGUGGACGUGGUGGUGGUCGUCGACGCGCUGCGCAAGGGGAAGCACCCGGCGACAGUGGUGACGGUGGGCGACGAGAAGAAGGAAGCGGAGGAGAAGAAGAAGAAGGAGGAAGAGGAGAAGAAGAAGAAGGAGGCCGAGGAGAAGAAGAAGAAGGAAUGCCUGGAGAAGAUGCAGAAGUGCUGCCCCAAGGCUUGCCCGCCGCCACUCUACUGCCCCAAGGCUUGCUCGCCGCCACGCCACUGCCCGCCGCCACCCCGCUGCCCGCCGCAAUCCUACUGCUACGUCGACGACUCCGGCCCCUGCACCAUCGUGUGA